CAAGGCAUCCCGAUUCCGCCAUGUGACACCAGUAGUGACGUGCGCGACCGAUUCUGGGUAGCGCACGACACAGCUUGCCAACCACGAGCAGGUAUACACAUAGGGUUCACGAAGAAGUUGCAUCGCUUCUCUCAGCCGGUAGCCCUACAGCUAAGUCCAUUGUCUACGAUGACGCAACCUCUCUGCCCAACGAGGAGUUGA